UGAACCCUAAUAUCCAAUUAUAAAUGAAUCCUCUUGCAAUUGAGACGUGAAGAUAGAAAGGCAGAUUGAAUGCGAAUAAUGAUGGGAGUCUCCAGGUUGCAAGAUGAAGCAUCGUGUGUUUCAAUUUCAUCUUAAGUUCAUCAUGGUUGAAACACACAAGACGCAUCUCACUAAUUUUGAAUGCCGAAGCGACACAAAGUUUCAACAACACUGAUUUAGGGAAAAAGUUUGCAGGGUUUAUAUCCAGAUUCGUUGAUAUACUGUCACCGAUGGCGGUUGGAGUCGCUAUUUCAUUGGAAAUCGGCGGAGGUGCAAUGCAGUUUCAGACUAUCACUCCGAUGUCUUUAAUACCACAAUGGUAUCGAUAAAAACUGCAAUAGUCAUCCAAGCAGCAACCCUAGGGUAAGAAACACUUCAACAUGACUACAAUUUCAACAAUUGUAUGUUAUAAUUUUCUUUCUACAAUUAUCUUAACUUGAAUCUUGAAUUGGAAUUUGAGUUUGAUUCUUUAUGAGUUUUUUUCACAUAUCUUUACUAAUCAUGAUGUGUUGUUCUUGUGUUAUCAUAUGGGUUUGAGUUGAUGAUUCAUAUCUUUAGUUGGGUUGGAUGAAAGUUAUUGUUUUGAUCGGAAUAUUGGGGUGUUUGGUUUGCAAAUCUUGAAAAGGGGGAGUGCCAAUCUGGUAGUGAUUAUUGGUUUUUAUUGUGUUUUUGUUUUGUGGGUAAUAAAGAUAGUGAUGACUGUGUGCUUAAGUUGGAAUUUUAUUUGUUGUUCUUUGUAUCUUGCGUUCAUGGGAGGUCGAUUAGGUACAGAAGGAAGAACAGUUGAACAACAAGUUCUAGAGUCAAAUCCAGUUCUGGAAGCCUUUGGGAAUGCGAAAACGGUGAAGAACAGCAAUUCCACGUUAAAAGUCCGCUUAAUAACACAUUUACAUACAUUUGUUUAGUAAAUUAAAAGUUAAUUUACAGGAAAGUUCACACGACUUUGUGUUUGUACCAGUCGUUAUGGUAAAUUUGUAGAGAUCCAAUUCGACAAGCAAGGGAAGAUAUCCGGAGUUGCGAUUAGAACUUACUUUCUAGAGAGAUCACGAGUUUGGCAGUGUCGGAUCCUGAAAAGAACUACCAUUGUUUUUACAUGCUCUGUGCAGCACCCCCCGAGGAUGUCAAGAGGUUCAAAUUAGGAGACCCGAGAACGUUUCAUUAUUUGAAUCAGACUAAUUGCUAUGAAGUAGCGAAUAUAGACGAUGGAAGAGAGUAUUUGGAAACACGAAAUGCUAUGGAUGUUGUGGGAAUCAACCAAGAUGAGCAGACGGAAAUAUUACAAAACCACUGGAUCCAGCGGCUGCAGCCUUGAGUCGUGAUGCAUUGGCAAAAACAGUUUAUUCUAGACUCUGUGAUUGAUCGUGGACAAGAUAAAUAAUCCAAUUGGCCAGUUCGAGCGGCUGCACAGCCGACAGGUGCAACACACCUUCAGAUUCUACUCGCAGCAGUGGCGGACAUGGGCGGUGUGUUUCAUUCAGGCCGCUUGGCAGAGACAUUGCAAGCGGAAAAUGAUCGAGCAGCGGCAUAAGGAGGAGAUAGAGAUGGAACUCGCUGGCGGUGAUGGUGAUGGAGGUUCUCGCAGCCUUGGGUCGGUAUUGGAAUACAGAUGUGGACUCCUUAAAGGUUUUAUGUGACUUAUUAAGUAAACUUUUAGGUAUUGUGGGAGUUGAGGUAUCGACAUUUAUUAGCGAAGAAUCGUCUGAUGUGUCAUCAGAUGGGGUGUUUCUGGGUGCAAAGAGGGAUAGUGUGUCUCAUGGUGGAGUGGACAUUGACCGAGAGUGGCAUGGGCCCAAGCGUAGGAAGGAUAUUUUAUGGGUUGAUAAAGGUAAAAAGGAAAAUAAAUUCUCUGGUUCCAUGUAUUCCCAUUUGAAGGUUUCACUUGGAGAUGUUUGUAGCUUGGAUGACUUGAGAAAAAGAAUGGCGGUUUACUUGAGCCAAAGUAACUGCCAUGAGAUUCUUGAUGCUAUGACUCAUGUUACAAAGAAUAUUGAUGAAGGAAGACUUAAAAUGAAGGCCCACUGUCCAAUAGUUACUGAUGUUGGAAUGAAGGAGAAUGCCUUGAUUCUAAUGAGUUAUAACCCUGUUUGGUUAACAUGAUGCUUUGGGUUAUGUGGUAUUUUAAAUUUAGCGAUUUUGAUAGUAAUACCGGUUACACCAAUAACGACCACUAUCCUUCAAAGGGGACAAGCUCAAGCUCCGUACCUUACCAACGACAACCUCCGUUACCGCCGACAAGCUCUAUCAAGCACCACCGUAAUGUCGUAAUGUCAACAAGCUCAAGCUCAAGCUCCGACCAGUUUUGUUUUAUUAUUUAGAAAAUGAAUAGUGUAAUUUUACGUAGAAUCCAUUUUUGAUAUGAGAUUUGAAUGAGAAGUUAUGUAAUCUUCAAAUUUAUUAGUUCCAACAAGUUAUUAGCGGAUAUGAGAAUCCAUUGUUUGAGUUUUUGAUA